GCUGAGCGCGUGCACAGGCUUAAGUUCAUCCCCAACAGGAGACGGGUGGAGUGAGCUCCAGAAGCGUUCAAGACUUAACGUUUCCAGUGAGCCACGGUAUGAAUAGGCUGUUUAUGAACCAUAGUGAAAAGGGGAGGGUGUCACAGCUUCUACUGGCAGGGCCUUUUCUCCUCGGCAAACAGGCUAGAAAUCUCAGAGAGCGGAAUGUGAGAGGGAGGAAAACCGGGCGUCUAAACGCUGCAGCUCUGCUCUCAGGUCUUCACUGAAUAUCAGCAGCAGCCUCAAAGGGCGCCGCGACGCCCCACACACCCUAGCGGCAUCUCACAUUUUUAGUGCGCCCUUAGGACCCAAGCUGGGCCGCAGCACAUCCUGCAGCCCUCGGGCGGCGCAUAUGUUCACAGCCAAGGCCGCCUGGCUGCGCGUCACCUCAGCCCCGGGGUUGGCGACUUUGAUCGCAGCCAUGGGUUCAACGGUUCAGCCCUCAACCUGCCGAGUCGGAACCCUGGCGCCACGCCCACACGCCUGAGCUUCGGCCAAUCGACCCCAUAACAGGAAGUGACGCUAUCACGCCUCGCCGGGACGGAAGCCAGAAGCGCCUGAAUCGCCGGCCCAAAGAUGGCGUCCUCCGCUUCUGCUGGGACUCCGGCGGGGAAGCGGGUGGUGAAUCAGGAAGAACUGAGGCGGUUGAUGAAGGAGAAGCAGCGCCUGAGCACCAACCGGAAGAGGAUAGAAUCUCCGUUCGCCAAGUACAACCGUCUGGGGCAGUUGAGCUGCGCACUUUGUAACACUCCGGUCAAGAGCGAGCUCCUGUGGCAGACCCAUGUUCUGGGAAAGCAGCACCGGGAGAGAGUAGCCGAGCUGAAAGGCUCCAAGGGAGCAACCCAGGGCCCGUCGGCCAGCGCGGCGCCUCAGCCCAUCAAGAGGAGAGCAGCGGAUGUGGAGAGCCAUGACGCCAAGAGAACCAAGGCCUCCGUGGGGCCUCAGGUACAGCCCUCCACCUCGGCCUCGCCCGCCCACUUUGAGAAAUCGGGAAAAGAGGCCGCUAGGGCAACCUCCAGUAAACCUUCUGGACUCGGUUUACUCCCUGAUUAUGAAGAGGAGGAAGAGGAGGAGGAAGAAGAGGGAGGUGGAGAAGGAAGAAGGGACAGCAGCAAGCAUCUUCCAGAUGCACAGGGCAAAACCAAAGAACAUUCGCUUGCCUCACCGACAACAAGUAAUGUGCUGCCAAAUGAUCCCUUUAAUACAAAUCCUCCCAAGGCCCCCUUAGUUCCUCAUUCUGGGUCAAUUGAGAAAGCAGAAAUACAUGAAAAAGUGGUGGAAAGGAGAGAGAACACCGCCGAAGCAUUACCAGAAGGGUUCUUCGACGACCCUGAGGUGGACGCAAAGGUCCGGAAGGUCGAUGCCCCCAAAGAUCAAAUGGACAAAGAGUGGGACGAGUUUCAAAAGGCCAUGAGGCAAGUCAACACUAUUUCCGAAGCUAUAGUUGCCGAAGAGGAUGAGGAGGGACGGCUGGAUCGGCAGAUUGGAGAGAUUGAUGAGCAGAUAGAGUGUUACCGUCGGGUGGAAAAGCUGCGGAAUCGCCAGGAUGAAAUAAAAAACAAACUUAAAGAGGUUCUGACCAUAAAGGAAUUACAGAAGAAGGAAGAAGAGAAUGUGGACAGUGAUGACGAGGGAGAAUUACAGGAUUUGCUGUCUCAGGAUUGGCGGGUGAAAGGGGCUUUGCUGUAAGGUUUUGAAGAUCCAAGCUUUCCAUCAUUCUCCGCUACCCCGUAAAAAGUGCUGUGUUCUAGUACUUGUGUUACUCUAGCCUUGGGUACCCUGAGUUGUUGAGAUAAAAUAAGCUAGUGAGCAGUAAUACUUCGGGGAAGGUACAGCGGUGCUAUUUAUUAUAAAAUGUUUGAGGUAAACCUGUUUUUGAAAUUAUAACUGCAAAUUGCCAACUUUUUCGUGUUUACAGACUUAAUGUUGAUUUUCAGUUGUAAAUACUGUACAUAACUAAAUAUAUAUUUACAUAAGUCACUGUUUUGAAACUUAUAAAUAGAAGUCAGACCAAAAAGACACAAGUUUCUAUGACCUCGAUGUGCAUAUAUAUUUUCAAGCCUUAAACUCCAGGGUUUGGGGCUUUGGGGAGCUUGUUUUUAAAAGGCUACUCAUAAACACAUAUAUUUUUUCAUAAA